AUGGGUAGCAGACGUCAUAAGAACAAACAAGGAGCUCCACCUUCAUACGAAGAGUUUGAAGCUAAAAAGAACAAGAAGGAUCAAAAAAGAAAAAGAUCAGAAUCUGUUUCUGAACCUGUUAAACCAAAUAAAAAGAAACCUUCAUUUGAUAAUGAUAAAAAAUCUAAAAAAUCAAAUGUUCAAGGUAAAAAACAAAGAAAACAAGAUGAUGAAUCUGAAGAUGAAGAUGCUAUUCGUAAAAGACAAUUAGAAGAAGAAAAAAGUUUACCUCAAGUUGAUUUAGAAGAAUUAUCAUCUGCUAAAAAAUCAUUAUUUGAUGAUUCUGAAGAAGAAGAAGAAGAACAAAAUGAUGAAUUUGAUCUUGAAGGUGAAGAAGGUGAAGAAGGUGAUGAAUUUUAUGAUUCUGAUGAAGAAACUCGUGAACGUCCAAUGUUUUCUGAUGAUGAAGAAGAUAUGGAAGCUUUAAGUGCUGCUAAUAUGGAAGCUUUAUCUGCUAAAUUAGAUGAAGAAGCUGCAUUAGAAGAACAAGAAGCUGAAGAAGAAUUAUUACAAACAAAUAUCGUUCAACCAAGAGCUCAAAUUUUACCAACUGAAGAAGAAGAAGCUCAACAAAGUUCAGGUCCAAAAGAUGUUAAUAUUUUACGUACAAGAAUGAUUGAAAUUGUUAAAGUUUUAGAAGAUUUUAAAAAUUCAGCUGAAGAAGGUAAAUCAAGAGUUGAAUAUACAAAUAGAUUAAUUCAAGAUAUUUGUGAUUAUUUUGGUUAUACACCAUUUUUAGCUGAAAAAUUAUUUAAUUUAUUUUCUCCAUCUGAAGCUAUGGAAUUUUUUGAAGCAAAUGAAAUUGCAAGACCAAUUACUAUAAGAACAAAUACUUUGAAAACAAGACGUCGUGAUUUAGCUCAAACUUUAGUUAAUCGUGGUGUUAAUUUACAACCAAUUGGUCCUUGGACUAAAGUUGGUUUACAAAUUUUUGAUUCUCAAGUUCCAAUUGGUGCAACACCAGAAUAUUUAGCUGGUCAUUAUAUUUUACAAGCUGCUUCAUCAUUUUUACCUUGUAUGGCUCUUGCUCCACAAGAAAAUGAAAGAGUUUUAGAUAUGGCUUCAGCUCCAGGUGGUAAAACUACUUAUCUUUCAGCUUUAAUGAAAAAUACUGGUUGUAUUUUCGCAAAUGAUUCAAAUAAGGCAAGAACAAAAUCUUUAAUUGCAAAUAUUCAUCGUCUUGGUUGUACAAAUACAAUUGUUUGUAAUUAUGAUGCACGUGAAUUUCCAAAAGUUAUUGGUGGAUUUGAUCGUAUUUUAUUAGAUGCUCCAUGUUCAGGUACUGGUGUUAUUGCUAAGGAUGAAUCUGUUAAAACUUCAAGAACUGAAAAAGAUUUCAUUCAAAUUCCUCAUUUACAAAAACAAUUAUUAUUAUCUGCAAUUGAUUCUGUUGAUGCUCAUUCACCAACUGGUGGUUAUAUUGUAUAUUCAACUUGUUCAGUUAUGGUUGAAGAAAAUGAAGCUGUUGUUGAUUAUGCCCUUAGAAAACGUCCAAAUGUUAAAUUAGUUGAUACUGGAUUAGAAAUUGGUAAAGAUGGGUUUACAAGUUUUAGAGGUAAACAUUUUAAUUCAAAAUUAAAUUUAACAAAACGUUAUUAUCCUCAUACUUAUAAUGUUGAUGGAUUUUAUGUUGCUAAAUUUAAGAAAAUUGCUUCAUCACCUCAUGAUGUUAGUAAAGCUGGUGCUUAUGAAAAAGAAAGUUUAGCAAGAUCUGAAGCUGAAGAAGAAGGUAUUAUUCAUGGUGAUUUCGCAAGUUUCAAUGAUGAUGAAGAUAAAGAUUUAAUAGAAAAAUCUAAAGCUCGUAAUUUAAAGAAAAAGGGUAUAAAUCCAACUGCAAAGGGUAAAGCUGGCAAGAAAUAA